AUGGGAGAGCCAAAUUCUAACCAAGAGCAAGAGAAAAAUGAAGAGAAAGGAGAACCAAUAAAGAAACCGAGGCGGCUCUCGGAGACAGUUUUCAAGUAUUCUGACUCUAAGGAUAUGUUUUUGAUGGCACUGGGAUCAUUUGGUUGCUUUGCUGAUGGAUCGUCCACGCCUCUGAUCAUGUUGGUCCUCAAUAAGAUGAUGAAUAAGUAUGCUGUUCACUCUUCUUAUACCCUGCAUGAUAUCAAUCAAGUUGGUCAUGGCUUCUUAAAGAUGAAUGAUGCUUUGAAAUUAAUCUAUGUAGCCAUUGCAAUGGGACUUGGUGCCUUACUAGGACUAUGUUGGGCUCGCACUGCUGAGAGGCAAACUUCUCGACUGCACAAAAAAUAUCUAAGGGCGGUGUUAAGGCAAGAUGCUAGCUUCCUUGAUAAGAUAGAUGGCACUUCAACCACAUAUCAAAUCAUAGCAAGUUUUUCAGCUGAUUCUCUUACUAUUCAAGGUGUUCUCAGUGAGAAGAUUCCAAACUUCCUUAUGAAUGUAUCAACUUUCAUUUCUUCUAAGGUGGUAGCUUUGUACCUCUGUUGGAAACUUGCUGUUGUUGCCAUUCCAGCACUAUCUCUAUUGAUCAUCCCAAGAAUCAUUUAUGGGAAGAUGCUAGCUGAGAUAGGGAAAAAAAUUAUAGUAUCUUACGGAGGUGCUGGCUCGAUAGAAAAGCAAGCAUUUUCACCAAUCAGGACUGUAUACUCUUGUGGUGGUGAGAACGAAACGAAAAGAAGCUAUUCGGAAACAUUAGAAAAAAGUUUGGAUCUUAGGAUUAAACAAGGGCACAUAAAGGGCUAUGCUAUUGGGAGCAUUGACAUAGCUUUUGCUGUCUGGUCUUUCCCAGCCUGGUACGUCAGCAUUUUAGUCAUUGAGAAGGGAGCAAUUGAUGGGGAUGUUUUUACAACAGGAGUUUGCAUCAUCGUUGGAGGACUGUAA